GUAGUUUAGCGGCAGCCGAAGCAUAUAAGAGUGUAUGGCAAAUUGGAUUAAGCAUUUGCAGGUUGCUAUUGGCUCAAAAGAAGCCUACUUUGAAAGCGAUAUUGAAAAUUUGUAUUAAAAUACAUGAAAGUGUUGUUGUUUUUGUUUGUUUUCUUUGUCAUUUCUGUUCAAAUUUUAUAUCCCACUACAUAUUUUUUGAAUAGUCAAUCGACUGUAUUUAUCACGUUGAUUUCAUCUCAAAGCUCUACCUUGAACUCGUUAAAGAUCAUCAGACAGAUUAUCAGACUGCUGCAAUCUCUACCCAGCUUUUCAAAUAACAAAACAAAAAGAAGGCAGUGAAUGUCAAAGUGUAUCAAUGGCGAAAAUUUCCAACUCCUCCAAACGUGCGAUAUUUUGGUCAUAUUAUUGUAUAUGUGACGUGGACGAUCGGUCAACAAUAUUAUUUAUAUAAAUUACACUUCGUAUAGUAAGAAAUUGGAAUCAUCACCAUUAAGCCGAUUCGAUAGAUCUCAAAAUGCUUAGCGCAUUGAUCAUGUGACUCCCUCUACCAGCUUCUAUCAGUACAUUUGAGCGUCUUAGUUGUUGAGAAACCAUGUGAUGACGAUCUCUGACUAUCUCACUCCAGAUGCUCUAUAAAUUUCGAAACAAAAUUGGAUUACGGUAUUUGUUGGCCACGACUUUUUUAACACAAGUGAACGGCUGUUUCGUAGUUUUUUUGAGUAGAAUGGUACCAAAUUGAGGUUAACAAAAGAUAUAUCAAAAACUCAAUCGGUUAUCAAAUGUCAUAGUUUAGAUACCGAUAUAGAAGACUGUGAAUACGUGCAAGCCAAAUAUCAAAUAAAGGCCAUUUAAUCCACUCGCACUUUGUAAUGUGAAUAACUUUUGAUCAACAUACAGUUGGUAUUUAUAUAUGAGCGGCACUUUUAAUUUUUUCAUGUAUUUAUAUGCGACCCAGUGUUAUUAUUUUAUAAUUACAUACAUAAUAUAUCAACUAUUUUGUCGAAGAGGGUUUUUCUACAAACGUUUUAAGCACUGACUACUACAAUCAGCGAACCGAAGAUCCCAGUAGAAUCAAUCCUCACUGGGGAAUGUAUUGACCGAUAAAACAACGGUAAAUUGUAAGCUGAUUAUUAAAAAUCCGCUAUAAGGCACGCAACGGCAUAACACAGCCUAUAUACCACAUAUAUACAAGCACACAAACAUAUACACGCCCAUACAAGUGGAAGUAAAAUUUCCAUUAAGUGCAACAGCGCAACCGGACCUUGCUUCGCUUCAGUUUUGCCUUAGUACUCAACGCUCAAUAAACAUAAUCAGCUGUAGCUUACCGUUGUUGUUGUUUUCGUUGUCGUAAAUCGUCGCACUACGCCUUGCAAUGACGAAUUGGGCUCAACGCCGUCGUCGCCUCUACAACGUCGUGUUCUUCUUCAGUCUACGCGUCAUCCUGCUCACCGCUCAAGUGAUGCUCCUGGCGCCGAUUAUCCGUUCCAAACAGCGCGGCGCAUAUCGAACGCACGCCGCUUUGACUUGCUUCGCGUUGCUCGUGCUGCUGCUUUUGUGUGGCGUCACGCCAUUCUUGCUGCGCAUCAUUGCCUCAACGUACGAGCGCGUUAGCGUGCAAUUCGACGCCAUUUUCCUACUAAUCGCCAUGACCUCUCAAGUCAGCGACAUCAACAUUGUCCUAAUCACUAUGCUGUCGCAGUUAUGCCAGCGCUGGCGCUUAUGUGAGUUUUUGAAUCAGCUGCAGGACACCGUGCAACGCGUACGCGCCAUACACGGACGGAACUUCAUAAACGCGCAGGUUCUCCUGCUACUAUGGCUGCAGCUGGGUCUAUCGCUGUACGAUAUGUUGAUGCAGCUCGUCUUUCUCGCCAAACUGGCUUUCCGAAUUGCUCCAUGGCAAAUUGUGGUCAACCUGAUGUCGUUGUACUUGCAACAAUGCCGUGCCACGCUGCAGUUGCUGAUUAUGGGCUGCGUAUUGUUGCUGAUUGCUUGCUAUGCUCAGCUGGCGGAAUGCUUGGAGCACUACUCAGAGGACUCAGGCGCCGACCUGACAAACUAUGAGGAUUUGGUGUCACUGCAGAACGUUUUGUACAAGCUCACCCUCCAACUGAAAUGCGUUUUUCAGUUGCCGCUCUUUCUGCUUGUCGCUGGCGAAUUCAUUAACGUAUUGGCCAAUUUGUACGCGCAACUUUACUAUUUCGUCACAACGAAAGCUUGGUGGUUCGCUUUCGUCUUCUACUGCGCUAAGAUCAGCGUUGAGCUAUACCUACUCAUACAUGUGGUCCACCUUUGUUGCGUGUUGCAUGGGAAGGUCAUUAACCUCUUCCUCGACCGUGAUGUAGACUUUGAGGAGCCGACGACGGCGGUAAAUAUACGAUGUCUUAAGUGCAAGUGACUCUGUUUUAGUUCUAAAAAUUCUCUUUCAGUGUUGCUGCUUGGAAUUAACCCACUCCGAUGCACUAUGGCCGCAACCGAUUAGAUUUUACAUACUCGGCAUGUUUGAGCUGAACAAUGAGUUUUGGCUGUUCCUUGUUUCUUAUUCAGUGAAUUUCAUAGUCAUCAUUGUGCAGUUUGGCUUCUUUACCUAGAAAAGCGUUUUAUGGCGCGUUGAUGCUCUCAAGUUGCAUCUUUUAGCUGAGUGGAUAAUGCGUAAAAGUAAAAUCAGCAUCAGUUUACUUUAUACAGUUAAG